GUGUUAAGAAGCCCUCAUAAUGCAGAGGAGACAUACCUCCAGAAUGUAGCUGGGGUUCCGAUGCGGGUGCUCUCAACCUCAACCUUCUUUGAGCAGAAGUGGCUGGUUACUCGAGUAGAUGCCACGGCUGUUUGUCCAACACCAGAGGCAGUGGCCUUUACUCCAGAAGUGAUCACCUGGUACAUGCCCAAGCACAUAGACCCACUUUUCUCCUCUGAUGCCUUCACCAUGUUGGAGGUGUACAUGGGAAUUGACGCUAAGAGGCUGGACACUGAAGAAAUGGCUGCCAGAAACUACUCGGUUUUAGUCACAGAGGCUCAUAUUAUUGUUGAAAUUCCGGUGGGGGCGGUUGGCGGCUACUUCAAGAGCCAUAUUCAGGAUGACCAGUACUUUGUCACUUACACCAUUGAGCCCAUGCUUGAGUUGCUGUGGAUCGAGGAGGUUGCACACGAGAACACCAGCUAUAAAGUCCUCUUCCCUAUCACAACACCUCCGAUGGCCAGGCCUCCACAAGUUCGCAACUACACGCCCUUAGACACAGUUCCUGAGCAGGCAGUGUUUGUGCUUUUCAGGAUGGAGGUGCCCUUCUCAGACCCGGUGGUCUUUAAGGAGAGAAGGGCGGAACAAGGUGUCACAACCUUCACGCUUCAGCUGAUCUACGGCCUGGUCAUCUUUCCAGAGUACGCUCCUUUCUCUCACUCUGCCGUUGUGGACGCUGUACUGCUGGACAUUGUGCCACCCUCAGUCACUGGCAACUGUGAUCAGGAGAACUUCCACAUCACUGUGGACUACAGGAACCAAGAGCCCUUUUUUGUGGUCUUGGUUGGCAAGCGGCUGCUUAACCAUGAGUUUGCUCAACAGUAUUUAACAGAGGGCGACACAGACUUCACCAUCACGUUGCCCUUCUCUUCGCCGGACGCAGUGUUUGAGUCGGUUCACUCGUCCUCUGUCAGGAGCAGACUGGAUGUGGCUCUGUUGAAUCCUUACAACAACAUGACCAUCAAAUACUUUUCCCUGGCUUGCAGCUUCCUCAAAACGCUGACUGAGUGUUUCUCUAACGGAACGAUGACUGCGCUGGCAGUGAAGGUGGAGUCUGCUCCCGGUCUGAACCCCGGUCAGCUGACCCUGAGCGACCCCGCCUGUGGUCCCACCUACAGUGACGAUCGCUUCGCCUACUUCCACUUCACUGUGAACUCCUGUGGCACCACCAGGAAGUUUAUCAACAAUGUCAUGCUGUAUGAGAACAAAAUCUCCUUGCCAGAUGAACUUGAGGUGAAGCUGAAUGCCACGACGUCUUCAGAGGAGGAAUAUCAGUUAAAGGUUUCCUGCUACUAUGUGGCCAACAUCACUCGCACAUUGGCCUUUCUGACCAGGCCGCGUGACAACGAGCCUUUUGCCGAGACUGGGACUGGUCGACUAAUGGUCAGAAUGAGACUCGCUCAGGACGCCUCGUAUAACACGUUCCACCAGGAGGAGGACUAUCCAGUGGUGAGGUACCUUAGACAGCCUCUGCACUUUGAGGUGGAGCUGACCACGUCCUCUGAUCCCAAGGUAGCGCUGGUGCUUGACCACUGCUGGGCCACCCUCAACGAGGACCGUGACUCCCGACCCCGGUGGAAUCUCAUCAUUAAUGGCUGUGAGAACCCCGAGGAUCCAUACCGUGUGGUCUUCCACCCGGUAGAAGUUGACGCCAGGGUCCACUUCCCCUCUCACGUCAAACGCUUUGAGGUCUAUAUGUUUUCCUUCGCCGAGGAUGCGGUUGAGCAGAGUGGCCAGGUCUUUGUCCAUUGUGAUGUGGUCAUCUGUGAUGCCAGUAGUCCCACUGGCGGCCCCUGUAGUGGACAAUGUGUGAAUCAGGACAACCUGAAAAGAGGUCAACGACAUGUCAAAGACUUCUUUGAGGAGCGUCAUGUAUAUGUUUCUUCUGGAUACAUUCUUUGGGUGUAAUGUAUUGUUCUAACAUGUCAAAUAAAGUGUUCUAUAUAAAACAAUCCUAA